AUCAAAAGUAUUCGCCGUCAUGGAGAGGCCGCAUCUGUAGAUCAAGCACAGGUCGCAGAAGAACGAGUUCGCAUCACUAAGAUCCUCAGCCAGUACAAGCCAGAAGAUCAAUACAACUUCGACGAGACGGGUCUUUUUGCUUAUGCUCCACCAGAUCGAGGUCUCGCAUUGCGCCAGAUGAGUGGGCGGAAGGCCAAUCGUUUCAGAAUAACAAUUGGCCUUUGCUGUAAUGCGGACGGUUCAGACAAACGGGAUCUCUUUAUUAUAGGCAAAUCUCGUAAACCUCGCUGCUUCAAUAGCCAGUCCCCUACAACCAAAGGAUUCUAUUAUCGUGCCAAUCAAUCAGCAUGGAUGACAAGUUUCUUAUUCCAAGAAUGGCUUCAGAACUUCGAUCUCGCAAUGCAAAGAGAAGGCCGUUAUGUUAUUCUCCUCCUAGACAACUUCUCUGCACACCGUGUUCCGUAUCAGCCAACGCACAUUCAUCUAGAAUUCUUUGCACCGAAUAUGACACCGUUUAUCCAGCCUUUAGAUGCUGGAAUAAUUAGAACCUUCAAAGCACUUUACCGCCGUGCUUUCUGCAAACGUGCAGUCGAUCUGGAUGAAGCUGGAGAACGAGAUAUCUACAAAAUAAACCUUUUGGAAGCCAUGCUCAUGACUAAUUCUGCAUGGGACCGUGUUGAUGCGUCGACAAUACGGAACUGUUGGAAGCACAGUGGACUUCAAAGGUAUGCUUUAUUCUUCGUUGUAUUCCUACUGUGCUAA